GUUGUCUCAUACAUUUUUCGAGAGUCCUUCUUACUGAUUCAGGAAUCCAAAGACACUAUAUCGUCUCUGUCGAGCCCUAUGGAGAUCAUGAGAAGGACUCAUGUGGAUCGCUCGUUUGCAAUUUUGAUCUUCCUUGGAGCUAUGCUGUUCAUUGCAGCUCCAAUCUGCAGCGCAGCAUCCCCGCCCCCACCAGCACCAGUUUCUCGUUCACCACCACCUCCUCCCAAAGCAACGCCACCACCACCCCCCAAAAGAGCUCCACCACCACCCCCCAAGGCUGCUUCACCACCACCCCCCAAAAGAGUUUCACCACCACCCCCCAAAGCUGCUUCACCACCACCCCCAAAAAGAGUUUCACCACCACCCCCCAAGGCUGCUUCACCACCACCCCCCAAAAGAGUUUCACCACCACCUCCCAAAGCUGCUUCACCACCACCCCCCAAAAGAGUUUCACCACCACCUCCCAAAGCUGCUUCACCACCACCCCCCAAAAGAGUUUCACCACCACCUCCCAAAGCUUCUUCACCACCACCCCCAAAGGCAGUCUCACCACCACCCCCCAGAGCUGCUUCACCACCACCCCCAAGAGCAGUCUCGCCACCACCCCCAAGAGCUGCUUCACCACCACCCCCAAGAGCAAUCUCGCCACCACCCCCCAGAGCUGCUUCACCACCACCCCCAAGAGCUGCUUCCCCACCACCCCCCAGAGCAAUCUCGCCACCACCCCCAAGAGCUGCUUCACCACCACCCCCAAGAGCUGCUUCCCCACCACCCCCAAGAGCAGUCUCGCCACCACCUCCCACAGCAGCUUCACCACCACCCCCGACUGCAGUCUCUCCACCACCCCCCAGAUUUGCUUCACCACCACCUCCAGUAGUCUCACCACCACCACCCCCAGCCGCUUCGCCACCACCCCCUACAGCAGCAUCACCACCACCACCACCCCCAGGAGCUUCACCACCGCCCCCCACAGCAGUGUCGCCACCACCAGCACCCCCAGCACUUUCACCACCGCCUCCAGCAAUUGCACCAGCACCUUCAACACCACCUCCAGCAAUUGCACCAGCAGUUUCACCACCACCUCCCGCAAUUGCACCAGCAGUUUCACCACCACCUCCCGCAAUUGCACCAGCAGUUUCACCACCACCUCCGGCCCCUGCAGGUCUGGACCCAUCAUACUAUUCUUCCAGCUGUCCUUCGGCAAUUGCCUGGGUGCAAAAUAUGACGGCCAGUAUGGUUCAAAGUGACAGGACCAUGGCAGCUGCCUUCCUGAGGUUGCACUUUCAUGACUGCUUCGUUCGGGGAUGCGAUGGAUCCGUUCUCCUGGACUCCACCUCUGGCAACCAAGCCGAGAAGGACUCGUUCGCCAAUGCCAAUUCCCUCAGAGGCUUUACUCAAAUCGAUCAGGUUAAAGCCCAGCUGGAAGAAGUCUGUCCUGGUGUCGUCUCGUGCGCUGACAUCCUUGCUCUUACAGCUCGAGACGCCAUUGUCCAGAUCGGAGGGCAAUCUUGGGUGGUCGAUCUCGGAAGGAAAGACGGCAUUGUUUCAAUUGCAUCUGAAUCAAUGUCCAGCUUGCCUUCUCCUUUCGCCACCUACACGCAACUGGUCCAGGGCUUCGCCGCAGUCGGUAUGAGCGAAAAGGAUAUGGUGGUACUUUCAGGUGCGCACACCAUAGGCAAAACCAAGUGCGGGUUAUUUUCCCAGCGCCUUUACGGAUUCUCCGGCCCUGGAGCAGUCAAUGGCACAGAUCCGACCCUGGAUCCAGAUUACGCCAACGUGUUGAGGCAGCAGUGCCCACAAAAUGCUCCCUUGAACACGGUUUUCUUCGACCCGUCAGGCAGCUUCCCCGGACAGACCUACGACAAGGGAUUCUUUCAGGCCGUGAGCGCCAACAGGGGCGUGCUCGCCUCUGAUGCAGCCCUUCUGACCAGCUCCUUCGGUGCCAGCCAGGUGGCUUUGGAGGCAGGCGCCACUUCUCCUUUCAUGACAGACUUCGCAAUCUCCAUGCGGAAAAUGGGUACGAUCGCUGCUCCAGCGGGAUCUGUGUUGGAAGUUCGAAAGAACUGCCAUUUCGUGAAUUAGACAGGUGACUCAUUAACAGGCUCGCCUCUGAACAUUAAAUUACAACAGAGAUUUGAAUCUACUCAUGAAUUAGAUAACCCCACAUCAUUUAUGUCAAACAACUUUCUACUGUCUUAGCGUAGCUAACAUUCUUCACGCAUGUACUUGUUAGCAAGGUGCAUGCGCAGGUCAACACGUCCAACCAUCUAGAAUCUGCUCGGGUAGCCUCGAAGUCGUCAAGAGCAGAAUAGGCAUAGUUGAAUAGUUCUGUGGGAGGUCUGACUGCAGGACGUAGCGAAUUCGAGAGUACAAGAUCCGAGAACCUGAGCUGGGCCCAUUCUGCUCAGCUCAAUAGCUCAGGAGUAGAAAACUUAAGUGAUUAGUCACGAGGAUGAUGAUCAUCCAGUAUAGGACAUCAGGUAAGAGGAACGCUAGAUCCGAAGAACAAACUUCAGAGAUACAUUCCUACAGUUUUGCCAUGCCAGCAAGGGGAAUAGAGACGAGAUUGGUCCAGGACGAAAAAUCCUCUCUGAUACCCGAUGGUUAAAUAAAGCUGGCAAUUUUUGCCCGACGUAGGGGCUUUUUACUGCAUCUCCGAUCAGGUGUCAAUGACU